AUGGCAGUCGAGUGUAGUGGACGCAACUUUAAAUGCCAUAAUUUUAUCGUGCACUUCCCAACACAGCAGAACACGCCACGCCCACACCAGCACAGCGACAUGCUGCGCUGCCCAUCUAGUCACUCUUGCCACACUGAGAUAGAGAGGCACCAACGAUACCCGAGAGGAGAGUUUUGCCGUCAGCCCCACUCUUCACCACCACUCUGGGCACCAGCACGUCUCACAGUCAAUCAGCGCCCAAGCUCAAGCAGUAACAAUAAAACACAACGUACAUGUCUUCCAUGGCACAGUGAUGAGCGAGCACUCUCCACACGUCUCCUCCCCGACCAGUCCUCGCCCCUGGAGUUCUCGGCGCCCCGCUACUGUGCCGCCCUGCCCGAGGACAGCCCCUUGGCGGCCGUGGUAGGCACCCUCACCGCCACACACACGCAUGGCGCUGAGAUCAAGUACAGCAUCACGGACGGCAACGUUGGGGGCCUCUUCACCAUCGACCAGCGCUCCGGCACCGUUACGCUGGCCGCCGCCCUGGACCACGAGCUCAGUCACCAGCACCAGUUGGAGGUCACGGCGGAGGCAGGAGGAGCUGCAGCCCGCGCCCAGCUGGUGGUGCAGGUCGGGGACGUCAAUGACAACGCCCCUGAGUUCGUACGUCCCGCCCCGCGCAUCACGGUUAUUGAGGAGGAUGACAGGGACUUGCCCGCCACUAUUGCCAGAGUGGAGGUGGUGGACGCGGACAGCAGUGACGCAGUGGGGCUGGCCUUCCGGGUGAGUGGUGACGGCGUGGAUCAGCUUGGUGACGGCGACGCCUUCUUCACCAUCAACGCCAGCACCGGAGACCUCAUCCAGCUCAGAGCACUGGACCGGGACCCGCCGCACGGGAGGGGCGAGUGGCGGCUGCGGGUGGAGGUGCGGGACGGCCAAGGAAGCGGGGAGGAACAGGAAGCAACCCCCGUACUGCCCCAUCCAUUCUCCCCAUCCCACCUCCACCGCCAGGCGUCUUGGGGCCACCAGGACCCCGAAAGAGAUAUCACUCCCACCCAAGCCUGGCCCCAGUACCUCCGAAGCGGUGACGCGGCCAUAGGAGAUACGGGGCACGGGAGGCCAGCUGACAGGGGAAGGAAAGAGCGCCAGUUGUCAGCUCAUAGGGAGCACCACAGCAUCGCAUCAGCCACAAGUGAGGGGCGGCUCUUCCCACAGCAUAUGCAUAAAGGAUGGGCACAGAGAGGACUCGUUACGGAGCGAACCAGAGACAAAACUGAAGUGAGUGUGAGUGUGGGCGCGGGCCUAAUGGAGUUGGGCAUCCAGACGCCUGCCAGUGGGGAGGGCAGGACCAGCAAAAGAGAGGCUGCGGGAUGUCUUUCAGAGCAACAGGAAGUGAAGGCAAAGAGGAUAUUGAUUCCCACGCCGCAAGGAAACAACUUGAAUGAAGACAUCGCGCCGUCCAGACGCCGUGACGGGGAUGUAUCUGCCGUCACGUCCCAGUUCCUGAGGCGGCGGGGCGGCGAAGAUGCGGGCGCCAUGGGGGCUGUGCAGUAUCGGGACAGGCGAUCCUUCCCGGCCUCGUACCCUGGAGUGACGGCGGCGGCUCGCGGCUCCCCGCCAAGCCAUCCAUCACCACAGACAGCAAUCACAGCCGCCGCGGGCCGCCGGGAGCGUAGGAAACAAAACUGGAAAACUUGGAGCCACAACUUGCAUUUACAUGUGAAGGACAAAUCAGAAUCCACUUCGCAAUUCCCUCUCGGCACCAAAAACAAGAGCGUGACAGGCUGGCACGACCCUCUCGCUCAGGCAGCGCGGAACGACCACCUGGGAACGCCCGCUCAUGACUUUCAGAUGAGGAACGUGAGCGCCUCCAGGAAGCUACGCCUCCCGAGAUUUCUAGGCCGCGGCGCUCACGUGGAAGUGCCGCCACCAGAUCAACCACAAGGAAAUCCUCUCCAGGGAAGUGGACGAGGAAAGCGGCAGCUACGCGAGGGUCCGGGAGAGGCUCGCUGCGCCGUGAACACUGCGCCGCUGAGUGCAGCCGCGAACGCCACGCUGAGCGUUGCGAAUGGUAUUCGGCAAGACCUUUCCCCUCUCUCCUCUCAUACUGACCGCCAUCCCGACCCGCCUGGCGCAGGACCCACCGAUCACAGGGCACCUCAUGGCUCGCUUUUCGCAGGGAGCACCAAGCGAGGGUCUCUUGAGGCGAGGAAAUCUAGCAGAUUAAAGGUUAUGGAAAAGAUUCCAUCGCGCCACGGAAGGGAGGACAAGGAUGCUUCCCCCAAUGAACACAAAGCUUCUGAGGAACGAGGAGACGCUGCGGAAGAGAGGAACAUGCCCCGCACGCUCCAUCAGACAAAUCUGGAAUCUCCCGCCACCACUAACAGAAUUCCUACGUCUGGUGGCGUCACCAUUAGCAAGGUGACGCGCGAGGCAGGCCAGGAAGCUCUCACGCCCUCGCCGCUAAAGGAAAGCAGCUGUGAGGGAGUGCAGGUGCUUGGUGGUGGUGGUGGUGGAGGCGGCGGGGGCAAGGGGAGCAUAGUGCACGUGGUGGAUACUGUGGUGACGGUGGUGGUGAAGGACAUCAACGAUAACGCCCCGGUCUUCCCCAACAACACCAUGCUGGGCCACGUGCAGGAAAACGGGCCCGCGGGAGAGGCGGUGGUGGUGGUGUCGGCGUGGGACGCGGACGACGCUUCUGACGGGACCAACGCGCGGCUCACCUACGCCAUCGAGAAGAACGUGGUGGACGAGGGCACGGGCGCCGCCAUCUUUAGCAUGGAGUCUGCCACUGGCCUGGUGAGGACAGCGCGCUGCUGUUUGGACCGCGAGACCACGCCCGAGUACCAGAUCCAAGUGGUGGCCUCUGACGGGGGCGGCUUGAAGGGCACGGGCACGGUGGUGAUUCGCGUGGACGACCAGAACGAUAAUUCCCCCCGCCUCGCCCGCCGCCUGUGGGAGCUGCAGGUGGAGGAGACGCCGAGCACCGCGCCCCCGCCCAACACCACCCUGCUAGAGUUGACGGCCGCUGACAGGGACGCCCACAACACCUUCCUCUACAGGGUGGUGCCGGACAGCGGCCACGGCUGGGAGAACUUCGGGGUGCGGUCUGUGGGCGCCGCGGGGCAGCUGUUUGCCUUGAGGGGCCUUGACUACGAGCUGGAGACUCACCGACGAGGCUUUCGCUUCAUGGUGCAGGUGACGGACCAGGGCCCCUGGGGGUGGGAAGACCUGCAGCACGUGGACUCUGCCUGGGUCACGGUGAGGCUGCUUGACGUGAAUGACAAUCCGCCCUUGUUCUCCCGCCCACACGCGCACGUCACUGUGAAGGAAGACGCCGCCCCUGGCACGUCGUUGGCCACACUGAGCGCUCGCGACCCUGACACGGGCAGCCGGCAGGGCGUGGACUACAGGCUGGAGGGUGGCUGGGAGGCCCUUGCUGUGGACGGGGACGGGAGCGUCAGUCUGGUGCGGCAGCUGGACCGCGAGGCCCCGGACGGCGAGGAGGGCGUGGUGCUGGUGGUGGCCGUGGACAGGGGCAGCCCACCGCUCUCCGCCACCGCCACCCUUACCAUCACCGUCACGGAUGUCAACGACUGCCCCCCGCGCCUCCUGCCGCCCACCCUCCUGCACGUCACCGAGGGCGGUCCACCCACAAAGCUGGGUGUGCUCAGAGUGACCGAUCCUGACGUGUGGGCGUUGGGUCACGGGCCGCCCUUCUUUCUCUCCCUGGCGCCCACUAACACGCCCCUCGUCCUCUCCCUCAUCAGCCUUAAAUUUGACCCGCGUCUGGACAGUGGGCGUGGCGGGGCGGAGGUGUGGACGGCGGGCGCGGUGGACAGAGAGCAGCACCCUCAGUUGGGCGUGGAGGUGACGGUGCAGGACGCCCAGGGUCUGGCCGCCACACAUCGAGUCACUGUGAUGGUGAAUGACCUCAAUGACAACCCCAUGAAGGCCGCAACCAAGACUGUGUACCUGUGGAAGACUCAGAGCGGCGGGUCAGACGCUCCGCUGGGCCGGGUGUUCGUGCAGGACCCUGAUGAUUGGGACCUGGCGGACAAAUACUUCGAAUGGGUGGGUCCCCCUCACCCACUGUUCACACUGCGGCCAAGUGACGGGACGCUCUUCGCCUCCAGCCAAGUCCGGGAAGGCAGGUACGAGCUCCAGUUCUCUGUCAGUGACAGCGCGUGGCGUCAGAGAGGCGUGGCCGCCAACGUGACGGUUCUGGUGCACCUCCUGAGUCCGGACGCCCUUGCCCAUGCCGCUCCCCUCGCCCUCACGCCCACCACGCCGGCCGCCCUCACACGGGGCUGGUCUCCCUCGGAGGGCGGCGGGAGACUCGGGGCGGUGUUGACCGAGGUGCUGGCGGUGCUGGAGGAGCGGCAGGCGGCGGUGGAGGUGGUGAGCCUGUAUGGUGGCUGUGGUCUCCCUAAUACCACGCUCCCCUUCCCCGAUUCGAGCCCCGCGCCCUCCACCUGCGUGUGGGUCAGUGCCAAGGACGCCCGCGGCAGGUACCUCGACCCUGUCAAGAUUCAGGGACUUCUUGCCCUGCACACUCGCCAGAUAGCGGCGGCCACCAACCUGACCGUCACCGCCCACCCACCGCCCGAUGAUGCCCACACCGUGCCGGACACACACCUGCACUCCGCCACCUCCCUCGCCUCAACCAGCCCUCCCCUGCAGGUGAUAGACACAAACUCCACCUCCCUGGUCACGCCGCGCCUCACCCACGCCUCGCCCUGCCACGCCCACGCCCUGGAGGCCCGUACACCCUUCGCUUGUCUGAAUGGCGGCCGCUUCGUCGGGUCCCUAGAUGGUGGUGAGAGGUGUGUGUGCCCCGGGAGAACCUCUGGUCCGCAGUGCAAAGUGCUGGGACGCACUUUCUGGGGCUCCGGAUGGGCGUGGUUACGUCCGUUGCCGCCCUGCCUGCCCACCACCAUUUCCCUGCGCCUCCUCACCCGCCGCCCGCACGGUCUUCUGCUAUAUGCUGGACCCCUGGCACCCCCACUGCGUCGCACCGCGCCGGCACCAAUGCUCACGCUGCAGCUGGUGGGAGGGCGGCCCCAAGCGCUGGUGGAGGGCGCGGGCGUGUCCCUCAAGCUGCACGUAAACACUUCCCUGAGUGACGGCCGCUGGCACACCCUGCAUCUCGUCCUCGACAACCAGAGCGUGGUGCUGAUGGUGGAUCUGUGUGGGCGUGGCUGGGAAGACAAGAUUGGGGAGGGCACCCACUGCCUCGCUCGGGGUAAGUGGCGCCCGCUUCAGAGCGGUGGCCCGUGGCUGAGUUCAGCGCCCCUCCAGAUGGGUGGAUUCGCCCACGCUCCGCCAGGCCGGGAACAACACGGGUGGCGUGAGGCGCCUACCCGCCACCACCUGACGGGCUGCCUCUCACACAUCACCAUAAACUCUCAGAUGAUCGACUUUGGCGAGCCUGCCUACAGCCAUGACAGCGCGAGUGGCUGCCUGCCCCAGGACGCGGCCUGUGCAGGAGGAUGCGGUGUCAGGGGCCGGUGCGUGGGCGGCUUGGUGUUGCCCAGGUGUGACUGUGAGCCAGGCUGGACAGGGCCACACUGUGCCUCGCCCACCGUGCCCACCCGUCUGGGGGCGGCCUCCUACAUGAAGGUGGCCCUCUCAUUCACUCCUAAUCCGCGAGUGAUCAAGCUGCAGGUGCGGGUCAGGCUGCGGGGCGCUCGCAGCGGCCUGCUGCUUCACCUGGCAGCACACCACCGCGCCGCCGCCGUCACCCUGCACCUGAAGGCUGGCGUGGCCUGUGCCUCCAUGUCUGGCGCCGGAUGGGCUGCUCGGAAGGCGUGCGUGGAGCGGCGCCCGCUUGGGGAUGGAACGUGGCACACUGUGGUCGCGGAGCGUCACGGCCACAAUCUGCGAGUGAGCGUGGAUGACGGGGACGGACGGAGUCUCAGCGAGACUCUGGCCUCCGUGGACACGCCUGCCGGAGAGGAGCCACCGCCUUCACUCAUGGUGGACAAGCACGACGGCGUGACGGUGGGCGGCCUGCCUGAGUUCGUGGGCGUGAACCUGGUGACGGUGCACGACGACCUGCAAGACACCUGCCUGGACGACCUACGGGUUUCGGACCACCAACUCCCGCUGCCUCCAGCUGUGAACGGCACCACCUGGGGGCAAGUGACCACAAUGGAGCACCUAGUUGAGGGGUGCCACCCUCCCGGGGAUCCCUGUGCCAACAUCAGCUGUGCGGCGCCGCGCUCCUGCCGGGCCACUUGGGACCAGCCCUCCUGCAGCUGUGGCCCCGGCAGGCGGGUUGUGGACGGGGCCUGCGAGGAUGUGGACGAAUGCCAAUGGCGGCCGUGUCUGCACGGUGGCUCAUGCCUCAACCUUCAGCCCGGGUACCUGUGUGUGUGUGGACCAGGCCACGUGGGCGACCACUGCCAGUGGUCCAAGUUGGCCUCCAGUGGACAUCCCGUAGCGGCCCCCGCUGCCAUCGCUGCCAUCACCGUGUCCGUCCUCGUCCUGGUGGUGCUUGGCGUGGUGUUGUCCCUGCGGCUGCACCGACUGAGGGGCGCACAUGGACUACAGGCGGGGACGGUGAAAGGCGGCAUCCAGAGUGUGAAGGGUACGGCAGUGGAGGGCAGUGAGGAGGGAAGUGUUGGAGAGGCAGCCGUGCGGGAAGGUUCCAGCGACACCCUGAUGGAGCUGCUCAAGCUGCGAGUGUCGAGGGACCCGUCAGGCCUGUCGGAGGAACGUGAGUACCACGUCUGGGCUGGGGAGGCUUUCUUGUCACUGCCUGUGUCACUGUCUUUCUGUUGGCUGCUGUCUCCCUGUGCUGCAGCUGCCGGCUGGUGAGAAGUCGGUUCGGCCACGUGUAGAGAAAAGAUGGCAAUGGUUGGGUGAAGUAUGCGCAGAGUUGUAACAUGAAAGAUGGAGGGCAGUCAUGAUUAGUAGUCGAGUAACAUGACACAAUCACUUCCUCUGUUCAGCGUUCUCCCUCAACCUUAUUCAUGUCCCUUGAUUUGGUCCUCUAGGACUCUGCCAAUUGUCAAGUUCCUAGGCAGACUGUCAGCAGAUCAGAGGACGUGAUUGGUGAGAAAUGCAAGAUACAGUGGGAGUGAGUGCUGCAGGCUCUUGACCUCUGAUCACGACUGUAACGCUGUGAGCCAAAACAGCAGGGAGGAGGAGAAGGAGGAGGAGGUCCCGUGGAAGUAGUACGCAGGUGGUGAGACGCCACGGGGCAGGGUUUGCAGAGUCUCACCGUGAGUGACUGAGGGCAACACUCAACACUCGUAAACAUGAUGAUGACGUGGAAGUGAAUGUGACUGAUGACAAUGACGAGUGUUGGCGGCAUUAUUUCCUGCACUUUUCACUUU